CCUGUCACAGGUCCGAAUUCAUCCUCUUAGAGGGAACAGAAAACAAACGUUGGCAGAGGAGCAGAAAUUAGUAAUCACAACAGAUUGAGCAAAUCCAGCUUGAGACGCCAGGAAAAAGGAGGCAGACUUAGCCACACGCGGGAAUGCUGCUGGUGGUGGUGCACGGGAGGAAAUUUAACUCAUGAUGAAAGCACAUUCUUCAUCUCUUUCAGAUGUACUAGUCUCCGAAACAAAUACAACUCCUGCCAGCAACUGAAUAACGGCACAAAGGAAAACUUAAUCCUCCCUCUUGAGCAGAACACUGGCAACGGUACAAGGCCUGGAAAUGAGUGUCUCAAUUUUCCAUUGCUUCCCGAAGCGCAUUCAUCAAUAUUUCUUGACAUUGGGCCCAGUCCUUGUAUUGAAUAGACUUUGUUUAAAGACUGCAUUUCUAAGGAAGUAUUAUUGUCUUUCAUUUUGUCUCAUUUGUGUCCUCUAAAGACAACACCGAGAGCUCAUCCCCUCUGUUCAUACCAGCCAAACCUGUGAAAAAAUCCACGAGGAGGGCCAGAAAGCACAUCAAAGACGCGGGGUCCACCGACAGCGAAGGCCCUGCUGUAACCGGAACCAAAGAAACCACCAAGAAGAAAAGACGCAAGGGUCAAACUAAUCAGAACGAGAGCAAAGGACAGACAGCGGGAAACGAGGGAGAAGAUGGCGGGGGCUUAGAGACAUCAGUGGUGACGGGAAAAUCUACAGAACAGCCGAAAAAACUACCAAAGCACUCAGAAACAACCAACACAGCCACAGAACCGCAGGAAGAACCGCUCCCGUCGAACAAGACUCAUAAACCAGUCGUUUCAUUUCAGGGUGGGGGGGUUCUGACUCAGCAGAACAGAGAGAAACGGAUCGACCUGGAGUCAGACGGGAAAAACAGGGAAGAGGGAAAACCAAAGGACUUCUAUAAAGAAUGUGUGGAAAUGAGCGCAGAGCUGAGCCGGAGCCCACACAAACAGCGGUUCAAGGCAAACAUCCUGGAGAGGUGCCGGCUCCAGAAGAGGCUGCUGUCGAGCGCCAAACACCAGCCCUCCGAUGUGGAGUUAAGUGCAGAAAGUGACACGAUCCCACAACCCGACGAAAAGCCAGAGGAGGAGGAAGAAGCAGCCUCCCAGAAUGUUGGCGAAGAGGAGCCGGCGACAGAACGAGACCUGCAUGCACAGCUUGAUGCCAUGAUGAUGGUGCUGAAAACAUCUGAGGAGGUGGAGCAGCUGGUGCUGAGGAACACGGGCCUGACAGACGAUCAUUUGCUGAGCCUGGCGGGGGUCCUGAAGAGCAGCCCGUCUGCCGUCACGCUGCUCAACCUCAACCUCAACCUCAUCGGCCCCUUCGGAGCUCACAUCCUGCUGGAUGUUCUGAGAGUGAAGCCGCAGGUCAAAGGCUUACACCUGUUUGGAAACAAACUGCGUGACCAUGGCGUGCUGACCCUGAUGACCGGAAUAGCUGAGCUGCAGGAGCAAAGCGCCCUAGCAGCCGCCGCCAUCCAGCAGGCUCUCCUCUUCCCAACGGAGCAGAAUGUGCUGCUGCAGCUCCCCACCGGGUGGCGCUCUUCCCAGGUUUUCACUCUUUUAGAACUGGACAUUGGUGGAAAUGGUGUGAGCAGCGAGGGGGUCAGGGUGUUAGCAUCCUACAUCAGAGCCCACUCCCGUCUUCAGUACUUGGGCCUGGCGCAGACAAGCGGUGCCGAUCUAGCAGCAUGGAAGGAGCUUUUUGAGAGCCUGAGAGGAAACCGCUCACUCGCUCAGAUCAUCUUAGAUGAGAACAACUUAGGAGACCCCGGAGUGCGGCUGCUGGCUGACGUGCUGAAAGAAAAUGUGAGUCUGCAGCAGGUGGAUCUCGAUGGGAAUGGCAUCAGCGAUGUGGGAGGCAAUGACAUCAUGGGAGCGUUGCUGUGCAGGAUGCAGUUCCCUCUGCGGCAUCUCAGCCUUCAGCAGAACGACAUCAGUGUGGGAUUAAUGAGCAGAAUACAGCAGGAGGUGAAAGUGAAAUAAAACCGCAUGAUUGGCAGAACAUGCCCUCUAACCACAGUGAACUCAAGAAAGCCGCUGACUUUGUGAAACACAAGAAUCCACGUGUUCAUUCUGAGGUCAGAGAGGAACACACUGACUCAUUUGACUUGUUUAGCCAUCAAACACACACACACACAAAGGCCUCUUCCUUCCUACAGGUGGGUGGACCUGCAGAGAAAAGCAUCUCCUUUUAGUUCAGGCAGGUGUAGGAGGCGUGCUCGCUUUAGAGCGGCGCUGCGGUCUGGAGGCAUUUUUAAAAGAUGCAUCAAUGAACCGAACCUCUCUGCUGCUGUGAUGAGGUCAUCUCCACCUUCUUCUUCCCACCAGCGUUCCUCUUCGUGACUCAACACCUACUACUCCCUUAUUGAACGUUCCCGUGCCUUCUGCAGAAAAAAACCAGAAACCACGAUGAAUCAUUUCACCCACCAUAUCUACAAGCUUACCCAGAGCGUCCUCCUGCAGCCCGGAACACCACGACAGCCAAUCAGAAGGAUGAUUUUGAGCAGCUGAUUCGUAGCAUGUCAGCCACCCUCGUUUGAGCUUGCUUGACCCUUUGAGUGUGAGACAGCGCCUCUAGAAGAGGGUGGGGAAGAAGGGAAGGCUGGAGGAACUUCAUGUGAGUUUGGAGGCCAUCGUCUCGUUGUUCUACCAUCACAGACGUUCUGAGAAUAACUGUAGCUGUGAUCAAAGCCUGUCAAAGAGGUGCUUAUCUCCUCCUCUCAGGGCUGCCGGUAGUGAUUCCGCCGAAACCGACCUGUCCACAUUUCAUCUGCGGUUCCUUUCUGCAGAACGCUGAUAAAGAAGGAACUCUCUCUCCAAACCCCACAAGGAGGACAGAUAAACGAAACCGGCUUUUCUGGAGACUACAUCAGCAGACGUUAUCCCACUGAGCUGUUUCUGACCGAGCGAGCUUCUGCGUGUCACCACACGACUUCAAGUCAAAUAAAAUAUGGUUGUAUUUAG